AUGGCGAUGUUUAAAUUUGAAAGCGUAUUAGUAACUGGAGCUAAUCGAGGAUUGGGACUUGAAUUUAUCAAGCAAUUAUCCGCUUCGCCUCAACUUAAAUAUAUAUUUGCUACAUGCAGAUCUCCAGAAGGCGAUAAUGCCAAGAGCUUAAGAGAACUUGCGACUAAGCGAAGCAAUGUGACCAUCAUCAAGCUAGAUUCUUCGGACAAGCAAUCGAUUGAAAAUUCAGCAGUGGUGGUUAAAGAAAAGUUAGCGGAUCAAGGGCUCGACCUGAUUAUAAACAAUGCAGGAAUUGAAGCACCGGGAAAGUUAUUGCAAGUUACCAAUGAAGACUUAAUUCGAGUUUAUCAUACCAACGUGAUCGGACCACUUAAUGUCAUUCAGGCCUAUCACUCCUUAAUAACAAAUGCAGGAAAGAGGAAGGGAUUUGCAGCCAUUAUCAAUAUGUCAAGCUGGUUAGGAUCAUGUGCGGAGACAUCUUGUGGUGGAAUGUAUCCGUACGGGCUUUCUAAAGCUGCUAUGAAUAGAAUGACCAGAGCAUUAAGUUACGACCUGAUCGAUGAUAACGUUAUCACCGUGAGCUUUCAUCCUGGAUGGGUUAAGACUGAUCUUGGUUCUCAACAAGCUCCAUUAACUGUUGAGGACUCGAUUAAAGAUACACUUAAUUUUAUUCAAUCUUUGGAUAAGAGUAAAAAUGGAACGUUUUACCACGCCAACGGCAAUAUUAUCCCCUGGUAA